GCCCGAGCCUCCUCCGGCCACUGCUGGGCCGCGGGCGGGACGCCCGGGGCGGCGCGCGGAGGAGGAAACGCGUCCCGGCCGCGGCCCCGGGAACUUGCAGACGCCGGAGUCGGGGGCGCCGGCCGUCAGGUCUGCACGCGCGUCCCCGCGAGCCAGGUGUGCGGGGCUGGGGGCGCAAUCCCGGGCGGUGGCCGCCGUGCGCCCGCCGGCGCUUCCUCCCUGCUGCCCUCCCGGCCUCCGGCCUCCGAGUCCUGCGCCGCCGCCGCGCCCCCUCCACGCCCCCGGGAGCGCCGGCGGGCGCCAGCGGAUGUCCUGAGCUCGCCACUCGGCGGGCCGUGCGCCCGGGCUCGGGAGCUGCCCGGGGGAUCGGCGCCCGGCGGGCCGGGGAUGCGCCAUCACCAUGGCCCUGCCGGGCUCGUGGCUCGGUGAGGUCCAGUGGCUGGUGCUGGUGUCGCUUUUCGUUGCGGCCCUGGUCACGGUGGGGCUGUACCUGGCGCAGUGGGCGCUGGCCAGGGCGCGCCCUGCGUCCGCACGGCGGGCGGCGGAACCCGGCGAGGGGCAGCGCCCGCAGCCGGACGCGUUGCUCUCCUGGAUCCUGACGCUGAGCAGCUGCAGACGCCAGUGGCAAGCGGCCUGGGUGACCGCCCUGAACGACGAGGCCCGGAGGGAAGCGGGCCCCUUGCUCCUGUGCUUCGAGCAGGAGCUGCAGGAGCCGCCGCUGCCCCUGGCUCUGGCCGUGCAGGACGUCUCCAGCGAGCUCAGGUCGGCCCAGGAGAAGGUGGUGACCUGUCACGCGGUGGCCGACAGCGUGCAGUUCCUUGUGAGGGCUGGGCCCGCCCCGGCACAGAGCGCAGGAUGCCGGCUCUACGACGUGCGGCUCUCCCCGGCUCAUCUGCAGCUGGAGUUCUACCUGGAAGAAAAGAGAGAGGACAUCCGGGUCACGUGGUCCCUCACCAGCGCGCCCGAGACGUCCGUGGACGUGCAGCCCAGAGCCGUGGGGGAGGACCCGGUGCUCGAGACAAACACGGUCCUGGAGCCGCUCAGGGACAUCUUGAAGCACCUGGUCAGCUCUGCCUCUCCAUCCCUGGCUCUGAGCGCCAAGCCUAUGGACACCAAGGAAGCCCAGACCCUCCAGUGCGCUCCGGCCGCUGCCCAGGACCCCUGCCCCCCCAAGCCGCCGAGGGCGCAUGAGCUGAAGCUGCUGGUGAAGAACGUCCGAGCCUCGCUGCUGAGCGACGCUGGUGCUUCAGGCGCCGCUCAGCCCGUGUGCACCGCGCAGCUGAACGACCCCCUGCAGAGGUUCUCCAGCGGCCUCGCGAGAUGCACCACUGACCUCACGUGGGAAGAAGAGUUCACCUUUGAACUGAACGCCAAGUCCAAGGAGCUGCACCUGCAGAUCUCAGAAGACGGGCGGUCCUCAGGGUUGUUGGCGGUGGCCACGGUCCCUUUAGAUUUGUUUAAGAAGCAGCCUUCCGGACCCCAGAGCUUCGCGCUGGCCAGCGGAUCCUCCCCCCGCGGCUCCGUGUUGGGCUCCAUCACCGCCGAGUUUUUUUACGUAGAACCUGGGGACCCGAAGGCGUGGCAAGCCCCUCCCCCGGCGCCGGCUGCUAAGAUAGAGAAGGACCGCACGGUGAUGCCGUGUGGCACUGUGGUCACCACCGUCACUGCCGUGAAGACCAAGCCUCGGUUCGACGCUGGGAGGGCAUCCCCGCUGAGCCCUGAGUCCCCUGUGAAGACGCCCGUCAGGGUGAAGGUCAUCGAGAAGGACAUCUCUAUCCAAGCUGUGCCCUGCCACGGCGCGCCCGUCAGCAAAGCCUUCUCCUCCUCAGACACAGAGCUGCUGGUGCUGAACGGCCUGGACCCCGUGGCGGAAGUGGCCAUCCGGCAGCUCAGCGAGGCCUCCAAGCUCAAGCUCAAGUCGCCCCGCAAGAAAAGUACCAUCAUCAUAUCCGGGAUCUCCAAGACCUCACUGUCUCAGGACCAUGGUGCUGCCCUGAUGCUGGAUGACGGUGCCCACCGGGAGGACGCGCCGGCUGCCCCAUCCGCCCCGCCUGCCCCAUCCGCCCCGCCUGCCUCGGAGGCGGCCACAGCCUCUGCCGCACCGGCCCCCCCGGCGCCCACUGCCGCGGAGCCACAGGAGAGUGAACUGGGGUCCUGGGACUUGGAGAAGGAGUGCCCGCAGGGGGCAGCGUGGAGCAGCCCCGGCCUGCGCGAGCCCGACGCCGACGAGCUGUCCGAGAGCUCCCUGAGUGUCUCCGAGCCCAUCGUGGCCAAGAAGCAUAAAGGGGGAGCUUUAAGGAAAGGCGCAAAGCUGUUCUUCCGCCGGCGGCACCCGCAGAAGGACCCGGGCAUGAGCCAGUCGCACAACGACCUCGUGUUCCUGCCGCAGCCCGAGGGCCCCCGGAGCAAAGGGGCCACCCUCGCCUGGAUCAACAGGAAGCUCCUCGCCGGGCACAGACACAAGCCGGCCCUGAACGGCCAGCCCGCCGGGCUGCAAGCGGACGAGCCGCGUUAGGCGGCCGCACCCUCCGGACGGCCGCAGGACGGGCUCCCGCUCGGGUUUCCCCACCACCUCGUCUUUGAAAGGGAAGGGACAGUCUGUGUCUCCAGCCAGGACGACCGACCAGGCUGGCAGAUGCCAAGUGACAGCUCACACUGGGCUCGAGUCUAAGCUUCAGAGAACAGACCCAGGGCAGGUCUGGGGGGAGCCAGCAGGUGCUCUGGGGCCCCGGGGAGGAGCCCCCCUGUGCCGUCACCGUGAUGGGAUGGGCGGGUCACCUCUCUUUGAUUUGCUGCUGGCCCAGAGCGCAGGGAGGCGGGCCAGGCAGGGUCUUUGCUCAAUGGAGAAGUGAAGGGGAGGAAUGGAAAUGCGUUGACAAUGUAGGAAGACGUUGCCUUUGGUAUUAGCCAUAGACGUGGAACAUGUAUGCAAACACUAAGUAGAUCCUAUGCAUAUCACACUGAACACUUUUCUAAGUUGUCCUGGACCUGCUUGCAAGUGGGACACGUGUCCGUCCUCGCGUGGUUUUAUGUUCUUCCGUGUCGCGUCCAGAGCCGUAGCGGUCGCCGUGGACCAGUGCCACAAAAGUGUGUCGGUUAAGCGAGGAGCAGUGAGUGACGGCGGGUAGAGCACGUCGCCACACACACGCACGCACACGCGCAGGCACGAGGCGUUUGCCAAAUGUCACCCAUAGCCCGAGAACCAAAACAAGCGCGCUGGAGAGAAUCCAGGACACUGCCCUGUGUCUGAGGUGCCAGCGUCAGGAACGGAAUUUAACAGCGCGGUGGGCCGGCCGGGCGGAAGUGCUCCAUGCGGGCUCCCCGAAAGUGUGCUCCCGUGAUCCUGGCCACAGCCGGGGGUCCUUGUGUUUCGGGUUCCGAAGGAGCCAUUGCAGAUCGGGCGCCCACUUCCCUCUGCCGGCGGAGCUGCGCCUUUCCUCGGAUGCCCUCAGCCGGCCGUGCCUCCCCGUGUUCCCCGAGUGCACCCCGCCAGCCGCAGGCGUGUGAGAGGGGAGCAACUGCCAGUGGCUCAGAUGCGUGCACACGUUAAUGGGGGUCUCUGCCCACCCCGAAAGGCCCCUCUGGGAACCUGACCUCUGCCCCGGAUGCGACAGCGGCCUCGUUUGUUAAUCCUGAAACGCAUUUGAGGGGUAUGAGAGCCUGGAGGGCAGAAAGCCUCUGUGAAAACCAAAAUGCUGGGGGUCUCUCUUCCUUUUGGAAUUUGGCUGUGAAGUGCUCAUUAAAAUGUUCCGGGAGUGAGCUA